AUGCGCGUCUACUCAUCGAUAGACCCCAGCAACGCCCUCGCCUUCCACAACGGCCGGAUCUACACCAUCAACGAGAACCAGCCCUGGGCAGAAGCCUUCAUCGUCUCCCCGACCGGCAUCAUCGACCACAUCGGGAGCAACAAAGCCAUUCUGAAGAUCGCCGCCUCGCGCGGUCUCGUCCAAUAUGACCUCCGCCAGCGCUUCGUCAUGCCCGGCAUUCACGACGCCCACACCCAUCUACUCAUCGCGGGUCUCCAAGCCCUGAACGAAGCCCGGAUUGGCUUCAACUCCACCCCCGACAACCUCCCCUCCCGACUCGCUCACAGCGCCUGCGCCUGCGCCUUCGCCAACGUCACGGGCGACUGGCUGAUCGGAAACUUCUACCAGGCCAGCCACUUCCCCGAUGGCAUUCCGGACCGGAAAUACCUCGACGAGCGAUACCAAAACAAGCCCGUGCUCAUCCGCGAAGUGUCGUGUCAUCGGAUUCUGCUAAACACGGAGGGACUUCUCCGCGCGGGGAUCGAUCCCAAUGGUGCUCCCGAUCCCGAAGGCGGAUAUUACGUGCGGCGCAGCGAUGGGAAACUGACGGGUGAAGUCGUCGAGAAUGCCAUGACGGCGGUGUUCGACUGCCUCCCUAUCCCCCCGUUGGCACAUGUGAAACGGGCCAUUCAUCAAGCCACGUCCAUCUGUCAUCGAUACGGAAUCACUUCCUGCCAGGAAGCGUCCGCUAAUACCCUGUACCUCCACGCCGUCCGGGAACUAGAGCAGGAGAACCGUCUUGAUAUGGACAUCUACACGCACAUCGUGUCCGCUCCGGUAUACUUCGCCAUGGAACCGCAGGACAGUCUAGCCGGGUUAUUGGACGUGGCCGAGGGAUUCCGCAGCAAACAUGUCCAUACGCAAUUUGUCAAGUUCUGGCUAGACGGGGCUCCUCUUCCGCCUGAAUUCACGCAGGCGGAUCUGGAUGCGAAUGGGAGACCGAUUCCCACGCAUCUAGCGCUAGAUGCGGAGUUUCUGUUUGAGGCUGUCAAGAAAUACGAUAGUCGGGGCAUGACCUGCAAGCUGCAUGUUGCAGGGGAAGGCUCGGCGCGACAGGCGCUUGAUGUGAUUGCCCGGGUACGGGCGAGGAAUCCGGCUGGUCCGCGACAUGAACUGGCGCAUUGUAAUGCGGUGCAUGCUGAUGACAUCGCGCGGUUCGCUCCGUUGCGGGUGACGGCGGAAAUGUCACCGGCCAUCUUCCAUCACGACGUGGUGGACGAGUAUCCCGAGCUGAACAAAUGGGCCUUUAACGGGGUACUCGCCACGGGCGCACUCAUGACCAUCGGGUCAGACUGGAUGUUACCCGAGACGCCAUCGUUGUUCGAUGCCUUGGCGGCGAUUGUGAAGCGGGUGCGGUAUUUACCUGGCGGGAAGAGUCGACGGCUCGCGGUAGGGGAGACGGCGAUGCAGCGAGGCGGGGAGAUCCUGUGUCGGGUGUUGACUCUCAGCGGGGCGGAGGCGGUUGGGGCGCAGCACCGGACGGGCAGUUUGGAGGUGGGCAAGAAGGCCAAUUUCAUUCUGGUGGAUCGGGAUUUGAGCCAGGGGGAGUUUCAGGGCGCGACCGUGUUGGAGACGUGGUUUGAGGGCAGGAGGGUGUUUCCGGCCGAGUGA